AUGGCGGGCACAUGGCCGCAGCCUCCCUGGGCCUGGGGCUGGGAGGAGAAGCUGCCAAUGGGCCUGGAGGACACUGUUCCAGCCAGGGUCUCUGAGGGCUCCCCGAGGAUUGUGAAUAGCUCCAUCCAGUCUGGGAAGCGAGCUGGACAGCUGAGCCAGGCAGAGCCCAGAGCACCCAGCAGGCCCAUGUUGAGGCUGGAGCCCUCCCCUGGGCUGGGGGGCCACCGGCCUGGCCUCCUGCCCGUGCUCCUGGCUCUCCUUGGCAUGACCUGGGCAGAGGUGCGCCCACUCCAGCUACAGGAGAAGCAGGUUCCAGUGCCUGGAGCCCUGAGCAAGAAGGAGAGCUUCCUGAUCCUCUCCCUGCACAACCGCCUGCGCAGCCGGGUCCACCCCCCUGCAGCCAACAUGCAGAGAAUGGACUGGAGCGAGAGCCUGGCCCAACAGGCCCAGACCAGGGCGGCCCUCUGUGGCGCCCCAGCCCCAAGCCCAGCCUCUGUCCCCCGGGCUACCCCGCAAGUGGGCUGGAAUGUGCAGCUGCUGCCCGUGAGCUCAGCGUCCUUCAUCCACGUGGUGGGCCUGUGGUUCUCAGAGGGUCAGCAGUACAGCCAGGCAGCGGCCGAGUGUGCCCCCAAUGCCACCUGUACCCACUACACUCAGCUCGUGUGGGCCACCUCGAGCCAGCUGGGCUGUGGGCGGCAUCCCUGCUCUGGGGCCCAGGCUGAGAUGGAAGCCUUUGUCUGUGCCUACUCUCCCGGAGGCAACUGGGAGGUCAACGGGAAGACCAUCGUCCCCUACAAGAAGGGCGCCUGGUGUUCGCUCUGCACAGCCAGCGUCUCGGGCUGCUUCAAAGCCUGGGACCACGCAGGGGGGCUGUGUGAGGUCCCCAGGAACCCAUGUCGCAUGAGCUGCCGGAACCACGGACAUCUCAACCUCAGCACCUGCCACUGCCACUGUCCCCCGGGUUACACAGGCAGAUACUGCCAAGUGCGGUGCAGCGUGCAGUGCGUGCACGGCCGGUUCCGGGAAGAGGAGUGUUCCUGCGUCUGUGAUGUUGGCUAUGGGGGAGCCCAGUGUGCCACCAAGGUGCACUUUCCCUUCCACACCUGUGACCUGAGGAUCGAUGGAGACUGCUUCAUGGUGUCUUCAGAGGCAGACACCUAUUAUGGAGCCAAGAUGAAAUGCCAGGGAAAGGGCGGGGUGCUAGCCCAGAUUGACAGCCAGAAAGUGCAGGACAUCCUCGCCUUCUACCUGGGCCGCCUGGAGACCACCAACGAGGUGACCAACAAUGACUUUGAGACCAGGAACUUCUGGAUCGGGCUCACCUACAAGACCGCUAAGGACUCCUUCCGCUGGACCACCGGGGAGCACCAGUCCUUCACCAGUUUCGCCUUUGGGCAGCCUGACAACCAGGGGUUUGGCAACUGUGUGGAACUGCAGGCAUCGGCCGCCUUCAACUGGAACGACCAGCGCUGUAAAACCCGCAACCGUUACAUCUGCCAGCUUGCUCAGGAGCACAUUUCCCGGUGGGACCCAGGGCCCUGA